AUGUCUAACGCCAAGGAGAAGCAGCUAGGCUUGCAUAAAGUUAUAAUGGUUGGAAGUGGUGGGGUCGGAAAAUCGGCACUAACUUUACAGUUCAUGUAUGACGAGGUGAGAGUACAACACGUUUUAGAAGUCAUCUUUUUGCGCCCGGUUUUUGCGACAGUGCAGCAAGUAAACUUAGCUUGAUGUUACAUUUUAACAGCUGUUUAAGGUAAAGUUAAGUUUUAUUCACCGAAAUAUUAAAAAAGGUCUGUGUUUUACUGUUAGCUUCCUGUCAUGCCGGGCUAGAUAGCGAUUUGUUGACAAAUCAGUGACUCGAGUUUACACUUUGUUUUUUAGUUCGUCGAAGAUUACGAACCUACUAAAGCAGACAGUUAUCGAAAGAAGGUUGUUUUAGACGGCGAGGAAUGCCAGAUCGAUAUUUUGGACACGGCCGGGCAAGAAGAUUACGCUGCGAUUCGUGACAACUACUUUCGAAGCGGGGAGGGAUUUCUCUGCGUGUUCUCGAUCACUGAGCGGGAAUCAUUUGACGCUACAUCGGAAUUCAGGGAGCAGAUUCUUCGAGUAAAGGGAGAUAGUGAAAAUAUUCCAUUUUUGUUGGUUGGGAACAAGGCUGAUUUGGAAGACAAGCGGCAAGUAACAGCCGACGAAGCCCUCGCAAAAGCAAAAGAGUGGAAUGUUGCUUGCGUGGAAACGUCAGCGAAAACCAAAGCGAACGUUGAUAAAGUGUUCUUUGACCUCAUGAGAGAAAUAAAAUCGCGAAAGGAGGACGGUCUAAAGCCGGAUAAAAAGCAUAAGAAAAAACAAGCUGGCGAAGGGAGGAAAAGGAAAUGUGUUAUUUUGUAGAUUUUCUUUUCCCUGUUAUCAAUGCACAAGCCAAUUCUCGUCACCAUUCAGGUACGCCCAUGCAUACUCUGACAGAUGUAAUGCUGCGGAAAUCGCCUGACAGAGCUCAUGGGAAUUUCCUUUUCUCAGCUUUUGGGUAUUUAAUAAAAUGGAAAUUCUGUCAAAGAUAAUUUUCUUCAGUUUUAAGGAAUUCGAAAGAGUUACCGUUGUAAUUAAAAUUUCGGAAAAUAUUUAGAAGGUUUUACUUCUAGUAUCUGUGUUUACAAAGGAGUGAAAAAUUGUCGAGAAAGUGACAUGUACACAAUGAACGACUGACUGUUUCAGGUCUUUAUCUCUGUUAGUACUUAUGAAAAAUUGAUCGUUUGUCAUGUUUUAGUAUUAUUUUUAACUUUAUUGAGAAAAUGUUCUCUUCAUUUUGA